AGGAUAAGAGAAAAAUCUAAUAUUACUAUUUUAUUAAUGCAUUUUAAUAAAUUUUCAGAUUCAGUGCAAUAAAGACAAAUACCCGUAAUUAAAUAAUAUUGAAGACAUUGAGUUUGAGGCCAUGGCUGAACAGAGUUCCAAACCCUCAUCAUCUGAUGACAUGGAAGAUUUGGAGCCUUUACCACCCACUCUUGAGAAUGUAGUUCAACAAGCAUCUCUCAAAUGGGUAUUUGUUGGUGGCAAAGGGGGUGUUGGCAAAACAACUACCAGUUGCAGUUUGGCAGUCCAACUUGCCAAAGUUCGGAACUCAGUCCUCAUCAUUUCAACCGAUCCAGCACACAAUAUUUCUGAUGCUUUUGAUCAGAAAUUCUCCAAAGUUCCCACGAAAGUUCAAGGAUUUAGCAAUCUUUUUGCAAUGGAAAUAGACCCAAAUAUUGGCUAUUCAGAGCUGCCAGAUGAGUAUUUUGGUGGUGACAGCAGUGAAGGGUCUGCUGCUCUAAAGGCAGGCAAGGAUAUCCUCCUGGAAUUAACUAGUUCUUUCCCUGGCAUUGAUGAAGCAAUGAGCUACGCUGAGGUUAUGAAACUUGUCCAAGGGAUGGACUUUGAUGUGGUGGUGUUUGACACAGCUCCUACUGGCCACACAUUGAGACUUCUCUCCUUCCCACAAGUCAUUGAAAAAUCUCUGGGGAAAAUUAUCAACCUGAAGAACAAUAUUGGCCCAGUUAUCAGCCAGAUGGCUGGUUUCUUGGGUAUGCAAGAUUUCAACAGUGAUGAAUUAACGAAAAAAAUGGAAGGAAUUUUGCCCCUGAUCAAGAAAUUGAAUGAACAAUUUAAGAACCCAGACCAGACGACAUUUGUGUGCGUGUGCAUCGCGGAGUUCCUGUCACUGUACGAGACGGAGCGGCUCGUGCAAGAACUUACGCGCUACGGCAUCGACACGCACAACAUCGUCGUGAACCAGCUGCUGCUGCGGCCCCCUGGCGCUACACAGAGCUGCGAGAUGUGCCAGUCUCGCUGCAGGAUACAGGAUAAAUACCUAGACCAGGUGAGUCGUGAACCAGCUGCUGCUGAGGCCUCCUGGCGCUACACAGAGCUGCAAGAUGUGCCAGUCUCGCUGCAGGAUACAGGACAAAUACCUAGACCAGUCUGA